UUGAUUUACGUAUUCUAAAGAAAUGCAGAAAAAGCCACUGGAGCAAUUGGUCCUUGUCCCACGUUUAACAGUACAGGUGGACGCGAAAGGGGCUGGCUGCCAAAUACUUCUGCUUAGAGGGAGGGGUGUGAGUGCUCGCUCCAAACCACUCCUGGAAUGGCUUAACUCGCCCAGCGCAAAUCAAUGACAACCUCUCCCCGGCAGCGGCAGGCUCCCGGAGCAGCGCUGCCGCGUGGACUCCCAGCCUCGGACCCUGGUGGAGCUCAGAACACGACCCGGGCACGAGCGCGACGUCCCCGGGGCGGCCAGGGCUCUGGCUGAGAACAUGGCCAAUGAUAUUGAUGAACUCAUCGGCAUCCCUUUCCCCAACCACAGCAGCGAGGUGCUGUGCAGCCUCAAUGAGCAACGGCACGCUGGGCUGCUGUGCGAUGUGCUGCUUGUGGUUCAGGAGCAGGAGUACCGAACGCACCGCUCGGUGUUGGCUGCCUGUAGCAAAUACUUCAAGAAGCUCUUCACGGCUGGUAGCCUGGCCAGCCAGCCCUAUGUCUAUGAGAUUGACUUUGUCCAGCCCGAAGCUCUGGCUGCCAUCCUGGAGUUUGCCUACACCUCCACACUCACCAUCACCGCCUCCAACGUCAAGCACAUCCUCAAUGCUGCCAGGAUGCUGGAGAUCCAGUGCAUUGUGAAUGUGUGCCUGGAGAUCAUGGAGCCUGGUGGCAACGGAGGUGAGGAGGAUGACAAAGAGGACGAUGACGAUGACGAAGAUGACGAUGAUGAGGAGGACGAAGAAGAGGAGGAAGAGGAGGAAGAGGAGGAGGAUGACACAGAGGACUUUGCUGACCAGGAAAACUUGCCUGACCCCCAGGACAUCAACUGCCCCCAAAGCCCCUCCAAGACGGACCAUCUCACAGAGAAGGCCUAUUCAGACACACCCAGGGACUUCCCCGACUCCUUCCAGCCUGGCAGCCCUGGCCAUCUGGGAGUGAUCCGGGACUUCUCCAUUGAAUCUCUGCUGAGGGAGAACUUGUACCCCAAAGCCAACAUCCCUGACAGAAGACCCUCCUUAUCUCCAUUCGCCCCAGAAUUCUUCCCACACCUCUGGCCAGGGGACUUUGGUGCCUUUGCCCAGCUGCCUGAGCAGCCCAUGGACAGUGGGCCGCUGGAUCUAGUCAUCAAGGACCGCAAAAUCAAGGAGGAGGAGAAGGAGGAGCUAGCCCAACCCCCACCCCCUCCCUUCCCCAGUGACUUCUUCAAGGAUGUGUUUCCUGACCUGCCUGGUGGGCCGCUGGGCCCCAUCAAGGCGGAGAAUGACUAUGGUGCCUAUCUCAAUUUCCUGAGUGCCACCCAUCUGGGGAGUCUCUUCCCACCCUGGCCGCUGGUGGAGGAGCGCAAGCUGAAGCCCAAGGCCUCUCAGCAGUGCCCCAUCUGUCACAAGGUCAUCAUGGGGGCCGGGAAGCUGCCUCGCCACAUGAGGACCCACACCGGGGAGAAGCCGUACAUGUGCAGCAUCUGCGAGGUCCGCUUCACCAGGCAGGACAAGCUGAAGAUCCAUAUGCGGAAGCACACGGGGGAGCGGCCCUACCUGUGCAUUCACUGCAACGCCAAGUUCGUGCACAACUACGACCUCAAGAACCACAUGCGCAUCCACACAGGUGUGCGGCCCUACCAGUGCGAGUUCUGCUACAAGAGCUUCACGCGCUCCGACCACCUGCACCGCCACAUCAAGCGACAGAGUUGUCGCAUGGCACGGCCCCGGCGUGGCCGCAAGCCCGCAGCCUGGAGGGCCGCCAGCCUGCUUUUCGGGCCGGGUGGCCCGACGCCCGACAAGGCGGCCUUCGUGAUGCCACCCACGCUGGGAGACGUGGGGGACCACCUGGGCGGCACGGCUGUGUGCCUCCCGGGCCCCAGCCCUGCCAAGCACUUCCUAGCGGCACCCAAGGGUGCCUUAAAUCUGCAGGAGCUGGAGCGGCAGUUUGAGGAGACACAGAUGAAGCUGUUCGGACGUGCGCAGCUCGAGGCCGAGAGGAACGCGGGUGGCCUUUUGGCCCUGGCGCUGGCCGAGAACGUGGCCGCCACGCGGCCCUACUUCCCGCUACCCGACCCCUGGGCAGCCGGCCUGGCCAGCCUCCCUGGGCUCACUGGCCUCAACCACGUGGCCUCCAUGUCUGAAGCCAACAACUAGGCUGGCCCUGGUCCACCCCAGCCUCAGACUCUGUUUCAAGUCCUUCUAAGGCCCUCCCUGCUCCACCCAGUGGAUCUGAACUUUCUAGUUUGCAAACACAAAGGGAAAAUGAGAAAAUAUAUUUUAGCUGAGCUGCGAUGCUGUUUUCCUAGCCUUUGAGGGCAGCUCCUCCCUUUUGCUGGAGUAGGAGCUGGACAUCUGUUCCCACCUUUCCCUGGCCAUCUCUGAUUCACAUAGAAACACAC